AUGUCGAUAUCCAAUCCAUCCCACUUAUUGAUUUCCCGCAACUCACCUCGUUCACCCGCCCAUCCUCAACUAGCCCACGCAUCCACUUCGCGGCAUCAUCAUGCUCAUGUCCCCUCUUCACCGCUUCCUUCGCCCAGACAGAACUUCCUAGGUAGAUGGCAUCAGUCUCACUCCGCUGACGAGAUAAGCUCCUCGUCAUACAACGAGCGUACACAGCGAGGAUCGGUCAGAGAGGGGUUCGAAGAAGAUAUGUUGAAUCGACAAACGACCUCAGACUCCCAAAGACAAGAGGAAGGAGAAGAAGAUGUAGUGAUAGAUGUACAUCCUACUUUUCUACCUGAUGCAAGCAUGCCAGGUAAAGUGAAAGUGAUCGUGGGUAGGAAUGAAUUUUAUUGUCAUAAGGAUGUAUUGUGGUUUGCGAGUCCAUUCUUCCAAGGUCUGUUACAGGGAAACUGGGCGGAGACCAAUCCACUCACCAACCCUACCACACCCUCCUCAUACGCUAUAGACCUAUCACCUACACCAUCGGUCGAAUUUCCCUCUUCACCGCCUACCGACACAGACCCACCUAGUCCACGACAAGUGCCCGUACCUGAUGAUUCAGCUCAUCAUCAGGAAGAUGUAGACCAAGGAACAGAACAGAACGAUAUCCACUCAUCCGAACAAUCCGAAUCUUCGAUUCCAAUCAGAGAAGAUGCGCACUACAGUGAUGUCAAUUCAACAAUAAGAAUCCGGAAACCCAACCUCUACUUAGAUGGAACGGACGAUCCUAGUGUAGCAGAUAUUUUGAGGGAGUUGAGAGAGCUACCUGAAACUCCAGAUGGUGUUAGAGCAAUAUCGGACGUAUUGGAAGAUCAUACACCGACGUUGGGCGAGGUCAUUUCGGGGCAUGGCAAUAGUAUCGGAUCGCUAUCGAGAUUGACUAUUCAACCUCCCCCUCCUGAUGCGGAUCUACCAGACAAUUCUGCUCCACUCAUCUCACCUUCGCCUUCUAUCGAAUCGGUACAGACUGAACUUGCACCGUCCCAUCAACCCAGCUCUGCAAGACUCUCGAUUCGAACUACCAGGACAAGAUCGACAAUACGUCAUUCUUUCUCUUCGGGUGUAGGAAUGGGGGCGAGGAAUCCAAAGUUGGAAGCUGUUGUUGAGCUGCAUGAAGAAAGUCCAGGUGCAUUCCAUGAUUUCUUAUUUUGGGCUUAUCCCCAUCUGGAAUGUAAAGUAACCUGGACAAAUGUUGAGAAUCUACUCGCUCUCUCACUCAAACUUAUCGUACCUGCCCUUCAGAAAUUAUGCGAACAUUUCCUAAUGACUCACGCAUCUGGUAGACCAGUCAUGGCGCUGUGUUUGGCCGAAGAACAUUGUAAUGCGGAACUGUAUAGGGAAGCCAGUAGGUUCGUAUUAGAUCAGCCUUCUUGGGACCACAAUGAGAUGCAAUAUCUGAGUUCGCAGACUCAACUGAAAUUAUCCAUUAGGCGGAACUGGUUCUUGGAGAGACUUUUGAAACUGGCCAGUAUAGAUGUCAAAAAGGAAUAUAUCUGUCGAGCCGACUGUCCAGAUCCAUUAAGGUGUCAAACCCAGCUGGACGAGAAAUGGCGUCAGGCUUAUGCGGCAGUCACUCGAUAUGGUCCACCGCAACCUUCCGUGGCGUUCAGAUGUUUAAGGCAACUUGAGACUUUUCCUACCAAUCCUAGUUUGGUCAUGUCACAUCCUUUAUGCCAGAGUGCAGCCAAGACAUGGGUGAUGAGCUUAUUCGAUAGGAUGUUUCAACCAAAGUUGGUUUACUCAAAUCCAGGUACUGAGAAAUACUGGUUAUGGAUCAAUAUGAAUUGA